AUGGUAAAUAUCGACGACACGACAGCCCCCAGUGGGUUCGAUCUCAGCAACACUCGUUCUCUUCAGACAGUCGCACGAGCUCAUCUCCUUCGACUACCCUCAGAGCUCCUUCUGGACAUCAUCGGCUACCUUGAUAUUGUCACUGUGGUGAUCCUCUCAAGGACCUGCGCCCGCUUUCGAGCUCUCGCUCACAGGGACUGGAAACAAUUCCUUCGCCAACUUCUUUUCGUAAAAAAGCUCGUAUUCUGGGGCAAGAUUGCAUUCGACUCGCCCAACCAUUCAGUGUGCCAAAAUUGCCAUAGGAUGCAUCGAAUCAACCACGCGGACCUGCCACAGACAUGCAGUGUUGUGCCUCCCUGUGUUUUAACGCCGCAGAACCGGUGGCUAGCUAUAAGCCUUAAUCCGUAUCAAGUACGUCCUCAACACGUCCAAACAGCUUUGAAGUUAUCUCGGCUCGGGAACAUCCACCAGGGGUAUCUCGAGAAGCUCAUGACUCCAUUCACCCGGAACCGUCAACCCAACGAUCGUGGCCACCUUCAGUACUACGCGGCCAUACCAAAGAUCAUCUCUGGCGGGUAUCUUUUGAGGAAAGAAUGGAUAUUCAAAAGUGGCGGCGAGUGCCACUUUGAAGACGUACAUGAGCAAAUCAGACGGGCGGCGCUAGUUUGUUAUCACAUGAUCAUAGCUUUCACCCACAGCUCUUUGAGAGAGUGGUAUAUCGCGCAGAAAUAUUGUUUCCCCGGCAUCUCAUAUCCCCAAACACCCUUCGACAAGAGCUUCUGGUACGCGGUUUGUAAUGUUGGUAAAGAGUUCAGAGAAAAGUGUGGGAACUGUUCCGACAGAACAGAGUACUCAAUCUUGUGCCCAAAUAAGUACACGAUAGUCAUCCGUGCCUGGUACGACUAUGGAACUGAGACGCAUGACGACUGGGCAUCAAUCACGGGAUUUCUGGAAAAAAUGCCUCGGAGAGAAUCUUCGUCACAGUCAAUCCGGGAGAAUUUUGACGAAUGA